AUGCAGCGCCCGGGACGACUUCAGCGGUCGGGGUCCAAGCGCGGGCUGGACCCCACCGGUGGCGGCGAUGACGACGACCAUGCGCCCAAGCGCCCGCGCGUCCCUGCCCUCGCUAGUGUCAUUGUGGAAGCUCUCAAGAUGGACAGUUUGCAGAAGCUCUGUUCGUCGCUCGAGCCCAUUCUCCGAAGAGUUGUAAGUGAAGAAGUAGAGCGUGCUUUAGCCAAACUGGGUCCUGCUAGAAUUCAAGGAAGAUCCUCCCCCAAAAGAAUUGAAGGCCCCGAUGGAAGAAAUCUUCAGCUCCAGUUCAGAAGUCAGUUGGCUCUUCCAAUCUUCACUGGUGGAAAAGUUGAAGGUGAGCAGGGAGCAGCUAUACAUGUCGUGCUGUUGGAUGCAAACACUGGAUGUGUUGUUACUUCAGGACCUGAGUCGUUUGCAAAACUGGAUAUCCUUGUGCUUGAGGGCGACUUUAAUAAAGAGGAAGAUGAGGAUUGGACAGAAGAAGAGUUUGAAAGUAAUAUUGUCAAGGAGCGUGAAGGGAAGAGGCCUCUUUUGACAGGUGACCUGCAAGUGACUCUUAAAGAAGGUGUUGGAACCAUAGGAGAGCUUACCUUCACUGACAACUCCAGCUGGAUAAGAAGCAGGAAAUUCAGACUUGGGCUGAGGAUUGCUCCUGGCUUUUGUGAAGGUAUUCGUGUCCGAGAAGCCAAGACAGAAGCUUUCCCUGUUAAGGACCACAGAGGAGAAUUGUACAAAAAGCACUACCCACCCGCGCUGAAGGAUGAUGUUUGGAGAUUAGAAAAGAUUGGCAAGGAUGGUGCAUUCCACAAGAAGUUAAAUGCUAGUGGGAUCUAUACAGUUGAAGAUUUCCUCCGGCUUCUUGUUAGGGAUCAGCAGAGAUUACGUAGCAUUCUGGGCAGUGGAAUGUCAAAUAAGAUGUGGGACAGCCUUGUUGAGCAUGCAAAGACGUGUGUCUUAAGUGGAAAGCAUUAUGUAUACUAUGCUAGAGACUCAAGAAACGUGGGUGCCAUAUUCAAUAACAUCUAUGAGUUCACUGGUUUGAUUGCCGAUGAUCAGUUCAUUUCAGCUGAAAAUCUCACAGACAAUCAGAAGGUCUAUGCUGAUGCAUUGGUAAAGAAAGCAUAUGAGGACUGGAUGCAAGUUGUAGAAUAUGAUGGUAAGGCACUCUUGAGCUUCAAGCAGAAAAAGAAAUCUGUCACGACAAGAAGCGAUGCUGCAGCUGCCUCAACAAGCAAUCCUGCUUCAUAUGGUUCGGCCAAUUCACAGAAACAAUUGUCCCUUCCAGCAAAAGCUGGACAAACUUCCUCGGCGGGUACUAUGAAUGAAGAUGGAACUAGAAAUGCAUACAAUGGAAAUGGAAACCAGUCAGCAAGAUAUGCAGUCAACACUCAGAACAUUCCUGCAAACAUCACCAUGCAAUAUGACAGGAGUGCAGUGUCGCCUGAAAGCCAGUUUAGUGGUUCAUCCCUUCAGAGUCAAGCUUCAAGAGGGUCUAAUAUGCUAGCAUUGGGCCCUCUGCAGCAACAUCAAAGUUUUGAAUUCCCAGCACUUGGCCAGUCCAUGCAGCCAACAGGCCUGAAUCCUUUUGAAGAAUGGCCGCAGCAACAGGAGAACCGUGGCGGUGUUGAUGACUACCUGAUGGAGGAGAUCAGGAUGAGGAGCCAUGAGAUUCUGGAAAACGAAGAAAUGCAACAAAUGUUGCGGCUUCUGAGCAUGGGUGGUGCAGGAACCAACCUAACUGAAGAUGGCUUCAAUUUCCCUUCAUACAUGCCUGCACCUUCACCAAACUUGAGCUAUGAGGAUGGCCGCACCCGCGCACCUGGGAAAGCUGUUGUCGGGUGGCUCAAGAUCAAGGCUGCUAUGCGGUGGGGCAUCUUUGUCAGGAAGAAGGCAGCUGAGAGAAGAGCUCAGCUUAUUGAGCUAGACGACUAG